CAUCCUCCAGGUCCUAGAACAUGGCUGGCCAGGUGCUGUAUGUGGUCACCUGGGGCAAUGGCCAUGUCAACCCUUCCACACGCACAGCUGUUUCUGAUGCUUGUCCGUCGGGAUCGUCCACAUCCCGGUUACUGGAUGUGUUCACUGUAGGGAGGCUGUCUCAGAGGCCCUUAGAUUCGAGCUUGCCAGUGUGGGUCCCGGGGCGGCAGGCAGGACGCACGGGGUGCGGGGCCGCCCCUGAGACCUCUCCCCACAGGCCCAGCCCGCUGCUUGUGGCCGCCUUCGGCGCCUGCGCCCUCACCCGGCAAUGCAGCCAGCAGGCCUUCCAGAAGCACGGACGCGCCACCACCACCUCCGACAUGGUCGCCGAGGUCGGGCCCGCAUUCCGCAGGCUCUUUGAGGCCUGAGCCGGAGCCGCUGGAGGGUGGGUGCCGUCCAGCCAGGUCCCCCGAAAGGUCUGCGCUCUGCAGGUUGACACAACGCCAGUUUGAAGCAUAGCACUUUCUGCCGAAACUGAUACGGAACGGUGUUGGUGAACUUUCCUCAGCCUCUCUGCAGCGUCAGAAAAGAACACAGAGAAUAACGUGACGAGACAGUCUGACGGUGCCUCAGCCGGACUGUGGGCUCCGCGCUCCACUGCUGCCUGGAGCGGACCCUGUGUCUGAGCGUCAUGUUCCUGCGAGAAGGGCCCUCGUGACUGGGCCUCUCGGGGGUCCCGUCUCUCAUUCCCAAGUGUGUGUGAAUCAUGUUUUCUAAGUUGAGGUCCCGCAGAGGCUGUGGUGUUCAUUCUUUAGCUCAUUUUUACAUUUUAAAUGGUAAUUAGGUCAGACACAUCUGGGCAGAAAUAUUCAGCAUCAGUUGGUUAAUUGGCUGAAGUGUUCCGGAAAAGUCAGCGGUCUGUCAGCACUGGAGAUCCUGUAGGCCCCUGGGAAACCACCGAACGCAAUGAUGCACCCCGGCCCGAGUGUGCAGGGCGACUCUGGGACACCUCACUUUCACGUGUCCGUGCAAAGGCAUGCAUGGUGACGGGCCCCUGUGGGGAGGGGCGCCCAGGGCUCCCAGGUCAGGUCCCAGGUUGGGGGGGGGGGUGUCGUGUUCUCAGGAAUGUUCUGAACACGUCGUCUCUGCGCUGUUUUCUCACCGGCUUCGGGUCAGCCUGUGUGGUCCGCGCUCAGUGGCCCGUCCUGUUUCUCCGGGGGGGUCAGUCACAGCAUGUGCCCUUGAGUGCAUCAGCCACGCGCUUCUGUGGGGCAGGCCUGACUUGUGUCCAUCUGUCCUCAGCGAUCCCUGCUCUGUGGUUGCACAAAAGAUCCCGCUUUCUUUGAACAGCUUGGACUUCAGAUUUUUUUAAGGUUGUGGAUCACUUACAUCUAAUCAUAGAAGAGCCUCACUACUGUCACAGACCUUUCUUCCUUAGGGGAAUUACACCUAAAUCAUGGUCGUUAUUAAAAGGCAGACGUGGUUGAUUUCA